GAGCUAUUAGUUGUGGCCGUUACUUACUCCCAGUCGCAUUCUGCAACUGGCAGCAGCCAAUGCGCCACGCCGAGACGCCAUAUUUUUAUUGUUCUUACAAUAGUAUUCAUAUUUAUAUUGUUCUUACAAUAGACAUGAAAGUAUAACCCUACAAAAAGCAACAAAGUAGUAUUAUAUCAAUUAGGCACCAUUUUAUAGUAUGAUUUACCAUCGAUAAUUUAUGAAUGAUAUUUUUAAAAUCACUUUCAAUUGAAUUUAUUUGAUUUAAACAUACUAUAUUUAUCAAAUAUAUUAUGUAAUUAAGGUAUACACUUUUAUACUUUGUAGAGUUCUAAAUAAAACUGUUAUUUAUCGAAAAAGUAUUAAUGACAUAUAUCUAUGUAAUAUCAUCAUUGAUACUAUUAAAUAUUAUUCUUGAAUUAACUCUCCAUAUCGUAUAAUAUGUUACCUAUGGAUUUAUUGUUUUCCAUGAAAGAACGAUUUUAAAUAAAAUUAUUAUUAUUUAUUAAUAUAUAACACAACUCAAACCUAAAAAUUAAAAUCAUCCAAGGUUAGUAUAAGUUUUAGCAUUAUUCUUAAAAAUAAAGUGUUUCGAUUCGGUGUAACGAUUUUAAAAUAUGUUUAUAAGAGUGUGAUAUAAACCAAACUACAAUUUUGUAAUAAAUGUAUUCUUGAUAUUUUUCAUUUUUUCAGUUGGUUUUCCGUUUGAUUACACAGUGCCUAUCUCUCUUUUUUUAAUCUCAAUACCUAAUAACAUCAUCGAAAAUGUUGACCUACAUGGACAUGCAUUUAAAAUGCACACUUCCAGUUAUCGGCGUAUUGGCUCUGAUCACCCGGCCGUUUAUGUGUCGCAUGGAGGCUGCCAAGAUCGCGUUCAUAAGCACCGUAGCACUACUCUACACGUCGCUGUGUUACAACUACAGUAUUCUCAACGGAGCUCGGACGUAUUCGCCCGAACAAAUUUCUGCCUCCAUAGGAAAUGUGCCCGUCGAAGAGUACAUGUCCGUUGUUCUGCAAGUCGUUCUGGUGUCGCUAUGGGCCUACAUCUGCGUCCGAUGGAAGCACCCGUUAUUGAACUUCAACCAUGACAAACAGAGCUAUCAGAUGAUUCGCUGGGUGCCGAUCCUCUUGCUCAGCAUCACCACGGCUGUUGGUUACAGUAUGGCCGUCCCGGGACGAGAAACAUUUUACUUGGGAAGUAUAAUGUGUUGGGCUUCGCCCGUGAUAAUGCUCAUGUGGUACGGUGCCGGGAACUAUUUCAUGAAGCAUCUGAUACCGUCGUCUUUCGCGAUCGUUAUGCCGACUUUGUACCUGUUGUGGAUCAAUCGGUUAGCCUUGAAGGGGAAUGUAUGGCAUUUAAAUGAAUCGACUAGCUUAAACGUGUCCGUGGCCAACGGUUUGCCAUUAGAAGAAGCACUGUUUACGUUUAUAACGACCGCUAUGGUCGUCUUGGCGGGAACUUGUUACGACAAAGCUUACGGGAUGAUCGUAACGUAUUCAUUGAUAUACCCACAUCAGUUCAGUAUUAGUUGGAACUUCAUUACUCAGAUGUUUAAAGCAUUCGCGACAUCGGAAUAUUCAAUGCCUACUAUUGUAACUGAUGACUUAAAAUAUAGUAUUAAAUUGUUGGACUCGUCGAAUAUAUUUGGUACAUCCAACUACCUUUUUGAUGCCGCUAUUCGUUUGGACUUCAUAAUUAUAUAUGGAUUUACUCGUAUUACGGAUAACAUGAUUGAUGAUGAAUCAGACUUUGAAAACAAAAAAGUCAAAUUGAAACUCCUUUUCAAAUUUGUCGACGAACUUUUCGCUGACAGAAAAUCCGAUUAUGAAGUUUAUUCCAAACCGCGAGAAGUAACCAUGGAUUGGAAAGUGUACGAGUCAGUGCUGACACAAGAGGAAUUGUCAAUUUUACGUGCAUUUUCUAGAAUAGCAUUCCUUUUGCCCCGCAAGCCAUUUGAAGAGAUAAUUUCAGGAUUCCAAAUGGAUAUGGACGGUACAUUGUACAAAGAUGAAAAAGAAUUAUUGAAAUAUAUUACCCUUGUAGCCGGUAGUUUCGGUGCAAUGUGUGUUUAUAUAAUCUUGUAUAGAUACAAUCUUGACAAGUACGAUUUUGUUGAAAAGGACGAUUAUUUAAUUGAAAAAUCCUAUCAAAUAGGAAAUGGAUUACAGUUGGUGAACAUGGCCCGUGAUCUCGUCUAUGACAGUGAAUCAUGGGGUCGAUGCUAUUUCCCUACAGAAUUAAUGGAUGACAAAAAUGAAGAUCUUAAGGUCUUGUGCGAGGAAAAGAACCCGAGGUCCAUGGGAGAAAAAAAGUUGCGAAGAUACGCCCAGGUGAUGCUAAAAUUGGCCGACAAACACUAUUUUGAAUCAGUGGGUUGUAUUAGUCGUUUACCUCGUGAUGUACGAGAUACAAUUCUAGCGUCCACUGAAAUAUACCGUGAUGGGCUUAUUUAUGCAAUCAAUUCUAGUCCAAAGUUUCCUAGCAAACCAAAAUUAUCAAAAUAUAAUAAGUUGAUGAUAUUAUUUAAAACAUUAUACAUUAAAAGUAUGCAAUCCGUAGUUUAAGUCGAUUAAAAACUACUUUGAUAUAUGGGUAGAUUUACUGUUAGAAUAUAGAAAAGUAGUUUAUUUAGUCAAAACGAAUACAUUUACUCGUAGCAUAAUAUAUUAAAUACAUUUUUUCUUCGUGUAAAAUAAUUUAUUUUAUUAUUCUCAGUUUCGACAUAGAUUUAAAGCUUUGUUUGUUAUUUGAUAACUAAGAAAAUAAAUUGGAUUGUACCUAUAUGAAAUGAUGAACUGUCUUUUUCGUAUUUGUUUAAUGUAUAUAACAUACAUGCAUGUGUGCAUUGGCACAACUGGAGGGGUGCAAAAAUGCCUUUGGAAUUUCCAAGUUCUAAUUUAGCAUCCCUUAUUUUUUUAGGUCUAACAAUUAUUACUAUGGUAAAAUACCAUCAAUUUAUCGGGGGCGUAGCCAUUAGGUAAGCUGGUAGGCCUACCCAGAUUUUCUUAAAAAAAAAAAAAAAAAACAAUGAUAUUUAAAAUAAUAUAUUCAUAGAUACUUAUACAAGUUUUUAAGGCAGAAUAAUUAUAACAAUACACAUAAUAAAUUGUCUUCAUCACGACAGUGACGCCAUUAAAAUAUCAUUAGGACGAUCGCACGUGUCGAUAAGUAGAAAUAAUAUUGAAAAAAGGUAAUCGAUAAAAACGUUGCCUACUAAAUUCUUGUGAUAAAGUUCUGUAUAGAGAAUACAUUUAAUUGCACGAUUAUUCACUCAUAAACAUUUAAUAUACCUAGUGCCUACUUAUAAUCAUCAGUAUUAUGUGAUUCGCAAUCCCGAAUGGUCGUUAUAUAGAAUACAUUUAAUAAAUAAUAUGAAACGGUUUUUGACUCCACUUAAUAAUUUAAAAUCAAAUUAUGUCACGGAAAAUAUUUCAAUUUUUUUGGAUCCUAAAAAUUUAUUUUCCUAAUCAUUGUAUAUCUAUUACAGUGGUUGAAUCAAUAAAAUCAAAUUCAAAACAAACAAAUUCAGAUGAGCUUUUUAAAGUUAACUUUCAUGAUUUAAGUUCAACCUGUGACGAAAGUGAGUGCAACCUGCUAUUAAUUUCCCUCUUAUAUUUAUUUCUGGAAAACAUCGAUGUUCAAAAUAAGUGAACAACUAAUAGAUAAUCCAUUGACUGUUAUUGACAAGUUUUAUGUCAUGACAAAAAGAAAAUUUAAGAUUUUUAAA